AUGGCCGGAAGUCCUGCCCCACCACCUCCCUUGAAGUCCAAUUCCUCCGCGCCUGCAUUCAAAUCAAACGCCUCGGGCCCAAGCCCCGGCCACGAACCCGCCCAGGGCUCCUCCACCUCGCCAGCGGCGGCAGCGCUGCCGGUCCCCAUCCCAUCCGAUGCGUUGAUCGCUGUACUCGGCGUCGUUCGCGAGCUCCGUGCUCGCGGCCUUCUCGCCGGGUUUGAGAUCCCGGAGGCCGGGCUCACGGACGAGGGAGCGUCCGCUCUGUUCGACGGCGUCCUCACGGCCUUCCUCGCCGGGCUGGGGGACCCCGCGGUUGCCUCCUGGCUCCCGAUCCCACCGCCGCCGCUCGGAGAUGGCCGGAAGGUAGAGCUUGUCAGCCUGUUCCUCGCCGUGCGCGCUCGCGGCGGGUUCUCCGCCGUCGCGUCCUGGGCGGCCGUUGCCGAGGCGGUCGGGCUUGACCCCACCGCCGACACGGCCGUCAAGCUUUUGUACGGUAAGUACCUUGCGCUCCUGGAGCAGAGCUGCGAUAAACACUUAGAGAACAAGAUGGUGGUGAGCAGCGGCAAUGCCGACCUGCUCUUGGGCUCCAAGAAGGACAGGUUCCUGUCGCCGACCAAGCGCCUCACCACCACCAGCGCUGGAUCGGCGCACCUGAAGCGGAAGAGAAACGCGCUCGUUGGGAUGCUUGACUGGGUUCAUCUCGUGGCAAAGAACCCAGGUAAACAAGCAAGGAAGAAUCCUGGUGGCCACAAACAGGCAGUGGUUGAACUCCGGCGCCAGAUGUUCGCAGACAAAGAUUGCCUCGCUUGUGAGGAGCUCGUGGAGAUGCUCAACUGGGUGCGCGGUGUGGCGACGAGCGCAGGUCAAUCGGGCAUCAUCGGAAUGAAUCCUCCUCCAGACCACUUAUCGACUGCUGUUGAGCUCAGGAGCCAGAUGUCGCUCCCGGGGAUGCUCUACUGGGUUCACCUUGUGGCGAGCAGCCCUGCUGAACCGGAGGUCAUGGAGGGGAGUUCCCUUAGCUACCGCUCCACAGCGCUUCUGUUUCGGAGCAAGAAGUUUGCAAAUAAAAAAGAAUACAGCAGGUGGUCUGCUGCCUCGCCGCGGAGUGGAAUUCCACCUCGUCCUUGUGGCCAAGCAGACAUUCCAGAAUGGACUAGGAAGCCUUCAUCGCCUUAUGAUGAUGAUCCACGCACACUGAGGUUUCUUGGAGAACCUAUUCUGCUUCCAGGAAGUACUGAAGAUCCUGAUGGUGCUUCCAUUGGAAAAGGGAGGCAAGAUGACUGCAACUGUGAGUCCCCAAGUUCCAUUGAUUGUGUCAGGUUUCAUGUGGCAGAAAAAAAGAUCAAACUGAAGCAUGAGCUGGGCUCAGCAUACUUUGAAAUGGGGUUUCAUAGGAUCGGGGAAGAUUUAGCACUAACAUGGACAAAGGAUGAGGAGAGGAAAUUCAACACCACUAUCCAGGACAGCUUGCCUUCAUCUACGAACAAGUUCUGGGACAAGUUGCUUGCCGUCUUGCAUGACAAAGGCAGAGAAGGCCUUGUGAGCUAUUACCACAAUGUUUUCCAGGUCUGGCGACGGGCCUACCAGAACCGCCUGGCUCAAAAUCCUGAUAGUGAUGACGAUUCCAUAGAGCCUGGUUUCCUAUACAUUCGUCAACGUAUAAUGUGUUCUGGUUCUUCCAGGAAGCAGAGCCGCUCCAAGUCAGCUGGUUCUUCCAGGAAGCGGAGGAGAUCUUAG